AUGGUGGCUGCAAGGCGAAGGAGCGAGAACGGUCCAGACGCAGACGCAGGUCAUGCCACGAAGAAGCAAGCCACUGACGUCUUGACGGAUGUUGACAAACUUUGCGUCAACACGAUUCGGGGGUUCGGAGCAGAUGCACCUGCGGCAGCAAAGAGCGGCCAUCCGGGGGCUCCCAUGGGCUGCGCGCCGAUGGCGCACUGCCUGUUUGGACAUGUCAUGAAGUUUCACGGGAAGGAUCCGAAUUGGUUCAACCGCGAUCGAUUUGUCCUUUCGAAUGGGCACGCAUGUGUCUUGCAGUACACGAUGCUGCACCUUGCAGGAUAUGACAUGAGCAUUGAAGACAUCAAACAGUUCAGAAAGCUGCACAGCAAGACGCCUGGGCACCCCGAAGCUGGACAUGCCCCUGGAAUCGAAGUGACCACCGGCCCCUUGGGGCAGGGUAUUUCUAACGCCGUUGGCUUAGCCAUUGGGGCUCAUCACAUUGCAGCCAAGUACAACAAGCCGCAUUUCACGAUCUUCGACAACUUCGUCUAUUGCAUCUGUGGCGACGGAUGCCUCCAGGAAGGUGUGGCGAGCGAAGCCUGUUCCUUGGCGGGGCACCUCGGGCUGGGAAGGCUCAUUGUGCUGUACGACUCGAACAAAAUCACCAUCGAUGGCGAUACCUCUCUCAGCUUCACGGAGAACGUCCUUCAGAGGUUUGCCGCUUACGGCUGGCACACGCAAACCGUCGCCGAUGGCGACACGGAUCUAGGAGGCAUUCUGCAGGCAAUCAAAAAAGCCAAGGCAGUCACGAACAAGCCCUCCAUCAUCGAAGUGCGUACCACCAUCGGCUACGCCUCCCUGAAUGAAGGAAGCGAGAAAGUUCACGGCGCCCCCCUCAGUGCAGACGACAUCAGACAACUCAAAGUCAAGCUCGGCCUUAACCCCGAAAAAUCCUUCCACGUUCCAGAAGAAACGCAGAAGUUCUAUGCGGAUGUCAUCACCCGCAACACGCAGCAGUACGAGGCGUGGCAAGCCCUCUUCGCCAAAUACGGGGAGAGCCACCCCAAAGAAAAAGAAGAGCUGGAGAGAAUGCUGAGUAGACAGGUGGCUCCGCAGGUAGAACAAGCUUUGCGAGACAUGGCGAAGGCUGCAGAAGGCACUCCGAGCUCGACGCGAGCUUUAUCUGGCAAAGCCCUCAACGCCAUCAAGGAUUUCAUGCCUGAAUUGGUGAGAUGCGGGGAGGACGCGAGAUGUCUGUACGCACGUUGCUGGGUGUCGCGGAGGGCCUUUUCUCCUCAGAUUGGUGGCAGCGCCGACCUAACGACCUCCAACGAGACGCGCCUGAAGGAGGAAGGAACGUUUGCAGCAAACAAGAAAUUGGGGUCGUUUGCGAAUCGUUACAUUCACUUUGGCGUCCGUGAACACGGCAUGGCUGCCAUAUGCAACGGGCUCUUUCAGUACGGGUGUUUCCGGCCUUUUUGUGCGACCUUCCUGAACUUCAUCACGUAUGCGUGGGGAUCUGUGAGACUGGCGGCUCUCUCGAAGUGUGGCUGUCUGUUUAUCGCGACGCACGACUCCAUUGAACUCGGAGAAGAUGGCCCCACUCACCAGGCAAUCGAAGUUCUUCCUCUCUGCAGAGCGCUGCCCAACAUGAUCUGCGUUCGUCCUGCGGACGCGAACGAAGUGGCAGCCGCGUACAUGCUCUGGCUGCGCAACCCGACGCGACCUACCGUCAUCUGUCUCUGCAGAGGGAGCGUUCCGCAAAUCAAAGGGACGAACAUCGACGAAGCCACGAAGGGAUGCUACAUUGUUUCCGAUUUCAGCAAUAAUGGAAAACAGAAGGUGCUUAUUGGGGGAAGCGGCUCCGAGCUGCAGUUUUGCAUGGAAGCAAAGGAACUGUUGUCUGCCGACUGCGAUGUACGCGUCGUGUCUGUUGUUUGCUGGGACGUCCUGGCAGAGCAAACAGAGGCGUACAAGGAGCAAAUCUUGAUUCAGAAAGAGAGGAGGAGCGGAAACGUGCUGUGUGCCUACGUGGAGGCUGCAGCCACUACGGGGUGGGACGCCUUCUUCGAUGUGCACAUCGGCAUGCAGACCUUUGGCGCCAGUGCUCCUCGUGCCGACAUCUGGAAGGCGUUCGGAUUCACGGGUGAAAACGUGAAGAACAAGAUCAAGGAGGCGCUAGCCAAGAAGUGA